AUGCCUAUACAGCACGAUGGAAGGAAAGACAGGUUGUCCAUCUUGUGGAACUCGGUUCAACCACCUUGCUCACGAUGCUAUAUGCGCGGCAUUACCUGCCAGUAUACUAGUAGUCGUGGUGCUGAAGAGCCCGACGCUCCUGCGAACGAGAGCAGUGACUUUGGAAGCAUUCCGUCUCUAAAUGCCCCAAAUGCCUUCCAACCACAGUUGAUACAGUCCACAUUUGACCCUGAUCUGUUUGAUUCCUUUUUCUCAGAUUUAGGAUCUUGGUCCUCGGUGCAGCCAUUGGACUUGAGUUUACGGUCUCCGCAACUUCUGGACAGCGAAGGACUGGCAUCCUUUGAUCAUCGCUACGGACACAUAUCUGACUUAGCCCCACCCUCUCAGUCUCAACCUUCAUCGGACCCAAGUUCAGUUGCUUUAGCAAACCACAGCAUGGAGCUCAUAUUCCGAGUUCUUCGCACCUGGCCGCGGAUGCUGGCUGAAGACUUCCAGCUUCCUCCGAUAUUUCAUUCCACACAUUUUGCGCUGCACAAGACUCUGCCACGGCCAUUAGCGACUUGCAUUACUUUGGCUAAGAUGUGGCACGGCCAGUGUGUAGGGGCUGAGGAGAUUGUCAGGGACACAAUUCUUAGGGAGCUGGAUCUCAUUGUUGAUCAGGAGGCCAAGACCAAGUCCGAAGAACUUAGCGAAACGAUGCUGCUGACAGUUAUACAAGCGGUAGUAAUUUAUACUAUAAUCCUUCUUUCCCCAUCGGAAAGCUCACAGAGCCCCGCCACCAAUGACGAUCUUGUCUUUCGAAAAGUCGAACAUCUUGUCUGCCAUGUAGUGCGUGGUGGACUUUUCCUCAAAGAGGAGAGAGCACAGACACGGCCAUGCUGGGAGGCUUGGAUACAUGUCACAUCCAAACGGCGAGCAGUACUCUCGUUAUAUCUCCUCCAUUGGGCUUACUCAGUGUUUCACAAGGUUCCAUGCUUUGACUGCAGAGACCUUGGAUUCAUGCCUGCACCAGCUCCAAAAAUGCUCUGGCAAGCGCAUACUGAACAGGAGUGGAAUACAAAAUAUAUUCAUUGGCUGUCGAGAUGGAGCGGGCAGAUUUAUCUUCAGGCUGAGUUUGGGGAUAUCCCACCCGGGGCUGCCUUGAAUCCUAGAGCAGAGAAGUGGUUAGGAGAAGCAGAUGAGUUUGGAUUCGUUAUGCUCUCAAUCGUCAAUGCUACAGACUUUGACCCGCCGUCGCUCAAGGCAUUGCCUCAGUGA